UAAUUUCAACCAUUUUUAUCAAACACAAAGUAUUAAUUAGUUUCUCUCUAGUCUCUCUGUUCCUCUCUGUCUCUGAUACAAUAACAACAUAUGGAAGACGAGGAACUAACAAAGUCUCUGCUUGUUGCACAACAGCCUGGUAAUAUCAGAAUUAUUAGCAAUGGCGUUGGUUCCAAUGAUACUGGUGCAAGUGCAAGUGCAAGUGCAAGUGCAAGUGGUGUCACCGUUGUUCUUCUUCUUAGUGCCUUUGUCACUGCUUGUAGUGCCUUUACUGGUGGAUUUGUGGUGGGGUACUCAGCACCUGCUGAAUCAGGAAUUAUAGCUGAUUUGGGCCUUUCUACGGCUGAGUAUUCAGUUUUCGGUUCCAUAAUGACAAUUGGUGGAAUGAUAGGUGCAGUAAUAAGUGGGAAGUUGGCAGAUAUCAUUGGUCGUAAAAAUCAGACUAUGUGGAUUCUGGAUAUGUUUUACAUAAUGGGGUGGCUCGCAAUAUAUUUUGCUAAGGCUCAUAGCAGAACAGGAACUGGAGAGCCAAACGGUGCUUGGUUGCUCGACCUUGGAAGACUAUCUUUGGGAUUUGGAUUUGGACUGACUUGUUAUGCGGCACCUAUUUACCUAUCAGAAAUUACACCCAAGAAUCUUAGGGGAGGAUUUACAUCAGUCACCAUGGCAAUGAUACCUUUUAGUCUAACAGUUGCAUAUCUGAUUGGUUCUGUCGUCAACUGGCGUGCCUUGGCUCUAAUAGGAGCUAUUCCAUGUUUAUUUCUACUUUUUGGCCUAUUCUUCAUUCCAGAGUCUCCUAGAUGGCUGGCAAAGAUUGGCCGAGAAAAAGAGUUUGAAGCUGCACUACAAUGCCUUAGGGGAAAGAAUGUUAAUACUUCUGAAGAGGCUGCUGAUAUCAAAAAUUAUACUGAAAACAUCCAACAGAUCUCAGAAGAUAAAAUCCUUCAUUUGUUUCAGCAGAAAUAUGCUUAUCAACUCAUUGUUGGAAUUGGACUAAUGGUACUUCAACAAUUUGGAGGGCUCAACGGAUUUGCAUUUUAUAUGGACGAAAUUUUUGAAUUGGCUGGUGUGCCAAGUAUUAUUGGGUUUAUAGUGGUAUCCAUUCCUGAGAUUCCAGCAAUUGCUUUGGGAUCAAUCUUGAUAGAAAAAUUUGGAAGACGGACGCUAUUGAUGAUUUCUGCUACCGGGGAAUGCUUAGGUUGCGUCCUUACAGGACUAUCAUUCUUAUUGCAGAGCCUUAACUGGUGGACGGAAGCCACUCCUACUUUGGUGCUUUCAGGCAUAUUGGUUUUUAAGGUAUCUUAUUCAUUAGGUGUUGGAGCAAUACCAUGGAUUAUAAUAUCAGAGAUAUUUCCCAUAAAUGUAAAGGGUUCUGCUGGAAGCAUUUGCAAUUUGGUCAAUUGGUUUUGUUCCUGGCUUGUUUCAUACACAUUUAACUUUCUAGUAGAAUGGAGCUCAGCAGGAACAUUUUUCUUAUAUGCAAGCAUGUCGGGUUUGGGUGUUUUGUUCUCUGCGACAUUGGUGCCUGAGACUAGACGGCGAACGUUAGAAGGAAUACAAGCAUCACUCAUUCAUACUCUGCAAUAAGAAUCACCAAGCAGCAAGCACGGAAGGGGAUGUUAGUUCCCUAGUGACAUGUAUGAAGCAAACUACUCAGCAUCAAUGAAUCUAAUAAAAAAUUCAAGAUUAAGGAGAAAUAUUCUAAUAAUAUUUAAUGAAAGAUUAGGAUCAUGUGAGCCCUUCCUAAUGCCGUCUGUGGCAUUUGGUUUUGAACAUGGUGUGGUCCCAUUCUCAAUGCUCCUAGCCUUAUGGACAGCUGCUUUGAUAUGAUAAAAAUUGUAAAAUGAAAGUUACCACCAAUUUGGUCUUUCUCCCACGAUUUCUGCAUACCACAGUUACCACUUGCUUUGUUGCUAAGUAAUUCAAUGAAGGAUGAGAACAGUUGAUAAUGCCUAU